AUGCUCCCUGAGGAAGAUGCAAAGAGAGGGCUUAAGAAGCUUGUUGAAGCAGGCAUGAAAAAGCUUAAUGUUGCUGGGGGGGAGUCAUUUCUGCAUCCAGUUUUCCUUGACCACAUUUGCCAAUACAUCAAGGAAACUCUUCAUCUGGAAUCCAUAUCAAUUGUCACCAACAGCAGCAAAGUCACCAAGAAGUGGCUGCAGAAGUACAGAAGGUUCAUCAAUAUUAUAGCAGUUUCCUCCAACUUCUUUGACAAACAGACAAAUAUUGAGAUCAGACAUGGAAGUGGUGACAAUGUUCAGCAACUUUGCUGCAUAAAGGAGUGGUGCCAGUGCUAUGAUGUUAAAUUUAAGAUGAACACUGUUGUUUGCAGCCUCAAUUGGCAAGAGAAUAUGUCUAAGAUGAUUGAAGAGCUGGACCCAUUUCAGUGGAAAUGUUUUCAGGUUCUGCUGGUUGGUGGGGAAAAUGAUAAAAAGAGUGCAAAAGGGCAAGGCAAGCUGUUUGCUAAGUUUGCUAUCACAAAUGAGCAGUUUGAAUCAUUCUGUCACAGGCACAGGCACCUUGAAGAUCAAUUCAUCCCAGAGUCCAAUGCCGUGAUGGCAAAAAGCUAUCUGCUUCUGGAUGAGUAUAUGAGGUUCAUGGAUAAAGGCAAUGGUGUUGAAAAAACAUCAGAGUCCAUUUUGAAGGUGACUGUAACAGAAGCCCUGUCACAAGUCAAGUGGGAUGUGGAAAGUUUCAAAAGACGUGGUGGAAUAUAUGACUGGCAAAGAGUGCCACAAUCUGGGGGAAAUUGUGGAACAGUGGAAACAGAGCUUGAUUGGUAG